AUGGCAUCCCAAAACGGGCAAGUCGCCGACCUGAAGUUCGCCGAAAGAGAGGAAACCGUCAGCCACGACGAGAACAUUCAGGACAAGCCAGAUAAUAAAGACAUCGAGAAGGCAGACCUCACCAUUGACACCGACGCCCCCUCUGACACAGAAAUCCUCGAUGCGCUGGAGAAGUUCACCACCCUCCCCAAGAUCCUCCGCGAGGGCAUCCUCCUGACCGGCGGCGGUGUCGCCAUCCUGCUGCAGGCAGCCAAGGCAGGUAUGGCUGGCAGCAGCGGCAGCCAGCAGAGCGAGAACCUUGCAGAGAAGCUCUUCGAGGGCCUGCGCACUACAGUUAUCUACAUGUACGGCCUGACCUUUGGCACGCGCGAGGAGCGGAAGAAGAUCCUCGAGCGGAUCAACAACAGCAGCAGCAGCAGCAGCAAUCGCCAGGGCGCUGGACAAGGAAAAGGGCACGACUACCUGCGGGACUACUACCCAGAAGACCCUCAGCUGCGGCUCUGGAUUGCCGCGACUCUCUACGCCACGGGGACGGACUUCUUCCAGCGCGUAUUCGAGAAGGUCGACUUCCACCGCGCGCAGCGCGUAUACCGCGAGUUCACGGUGCUGACUGUCGCGCUGCGUCUGCCGCGCGGCGUGUGGCCGGAGAACCGCAACGCCUUCUGGGCGUACUGGGACGAGGAGGUCGAGAAGCUGAACGUCGAUCCGCACGCGCGCCCCGUCGUGCACGAUCUGAAAGCCUACGCCGACGUGCCGCGGUGGGUGAAGCUCGUCCGGAGGCCGUUCAUCCGCGUCGUUACGCCCGAGAUGCUCCCGCGCCAUGUCCGCGAGCAGUACGGGCUGCGCUCGACGGCGACCAGUCGCUUCCUGUAUCGUGUUGCGAUUGGGGGUGCGAAAGCCAUCUAUCCGACCCUGCCCAAGAAGAUUCGCACGCAUCCGCUGAAUCGUGCGCUGCGGCAGUUGCGGGGUGAGAUUAGCAGUGGUGCUCUCUAG